AUGGAUGACAUAAAACGUUAUCUGGAGGCUGAGCAGAAAUGUGUCCAGCUGAUAGCUCAGUUUCUCCUCUAUAAUGACUUCAGUAACUCCCUUCCAGUCUUCAUAGAAGAAGCUGUUUCCCUGGACUAUCAGUUGUCGAAUGAAGAACUCAGUGAAGUUGACCACAUAAAGAGAGAAGAUGUCAAAAAACUGAUCAAUGUGUUUCAGUCAAAUGAUCACACUGAAUUUUUUAAGGUAUGGAUGGAACUAAUUCCAGAGAGCAUAAAGAACAUUUUUGACUACAAGAAGUUAACAUUUUAUCUACACGUACACUUUGCAAUCCUCCCAUUCAGAGAAAGUGAAGAAUAUAAAUUUGAAGAACUGAGCUCAGAAGAUGAAACAAACCUGAAGCAGGAAAACGGAGUUGAAAACAAAGUUAACAAUACACCUGUAAAACGCUUAGAGGUUAUAGAAGAAACUUCAAGUCCUUACUUGGAAUAUGAUACCGACAGCUUGGACCAAAGUCGAGUUGUCAUUGAUAAUGAGAGGAGUAUUGAAGAAAUCGACAGAAAAUCAAGGCUUGGACAACAUACAACAGAAUCUGAAAAUGGAAACUCACAACUAUCAACUGGAAUGGAAGUUUUAAAAACCUUUCUAGCGUCUGAAGGGGAAACAUUUAGCUCCCAACAAGAGUUUUUACCUUUCUUCGCUCUUCCUUAUGUUACAAGUCCUGAUAAGCAUGUGUCAUUCACGGCUCUUUUUCAGGAAAAAUGGCUCAGUUCUCUGAAUGAAAGAUUCUAUGAAUUCAUUUACCAAUACAGUUGUGGCGAAGUUGCCCCAAAAAUAGUGAAGCUGUGUGAAGAACCCGCUUUGGGAACGCCAAAUUUGAGACAAAACUCAACCGAUAGCCCUUCUCAGUCAAAUGCAGCUGACACGCUGAGGAGAUACAAACAAGCUAGACGCAAGUUCAGCAAGCUGCAUAAGGAUCAUCAGAAUCUUAUAGGUGUGGCUGCUGAACUCACUCAAGCUUUGGAAAACUCAGUCCGAGGCCAAGCUGUGGAUUUGAGAGCCACUCUCAACAAGUGUUCUCUAAUCUUUCCUGAACUAUUCGGUAGUGAGUCGUUCUCCAGGAGUAGCUCACCUCAGCGAAUAAAGGUCCCUACAGUUGAGCCACUCAAAAAUCCUAAAGUCCUUUGCUGCUCUGAGCUAGACGUUUACAAGAUCAAAACUCACCUGGUAUCAGCGAGUAUGAAGACUAAGCUGUUGCUGCUUCAAGCUAUCCGUUGGAGAAUGACUCGAGGGACCAGCGAGGAGCGUGAUCAGGUUGUUAUGUGGCUGUCACGUCAUGACCUGCUUAGCGUGUACACGGACAUGGUCAAGAACAUGUUACAACCUGUUGAUGCCAUCACGCCUCACCCACUGCAGCAGGCUGUAUCUCGCCUUCUCAACGCGGUAGCUUCACUGCGAGCUGGCCGAGACUAUCUGACAGCAUCCGACAGCUUCAUGACACACCUGAUGGCCUGCCUCAAGCAAGAGAGUGGUGCAAGACUGGACAGUGUUACUUCCGACAUGCUGCUGGCUACAUUGCAGAAACUUAGCCUCAGGCGACAUCCCCGGCUGUUGAUGAUAGAGCGGUCCAUGGUAGAGUGGCUGGUGUCUCAACUGAGUGGCGAGACUGAGCGUCUGUACACUCUUGAGUACAGCACAGCUCUGCUACUCAACCUGUGUCUUCACGUCGAGGGGAGGGAGCGAUGUCCCACCUCGACCCUCAAACUUCUCACUGACCUCCUUGACACUGGUCAACUGCAGAUAAUGCCAAUGGUUGCCAGCACACUGUACUGUCUGCUGAGUCAUGACCGACUCAACACAACAGCUCGUCAGAUGAACCUAGAGAGCGUACUCACUCUGCAGUCCCAGAGAUACGCAGAAGAGCCUCACAUCCUGCGGCAGAUACAGACUCUGCUCAAACUACUGAGAGGUGAACUACCUUCAGACUCUGUACUACCUGUGUCAGAGGAACCUUCUGAGGAUGACUUGGAUGAUCCUGAAACAUUAGAGACAGAGUUAGAUGCAGAAGACCCUGUAAGAGCCACAGGAGAUGACCAAAGUGGAGAGCCACUACUUGUCAACCAGUACAGGAAGAUUUUCCCGUCUCACGGCAUCGUAUGUCCUCACACUAAGGAACCUGAGAUUGCCAUCCUGCCUUCGACACCUAGGUCCCGACCCCCCACCAGGGAGAAGUAA